UUGUAGUUCCUAGCGUGGGACAGUCCAGGCCUGGUAUCUGACUAUGUGGAUGUGCUGCCCUCUCUGGUCACGGCUGGGACUGCAGUUGAGCUGCUGCACUCUCUACUGGACUUGCCCUGUCUCACUGCUGCUCUCACCCUGCAGCUCAGGUCUGCAAGCUUCCCUGUGUCUGAGCCAGGGGGGCGUGGUCUGUCAUCGCUGGAAGCUUUCCGAAGCCCCGCCCAUAGAGGCCUCUUCCUGUUCCUGUUGAGAGGGGAGGCAGGGUCUGGUGAUACCAUGGACAGACUGAGCGUGCUCCAUGACCUGCUGAUGGAGGCAGCUGAUUGGUCCAGAGUCAUCCAAUCAGCUCAAAGUGUUCCAGUGCUGCUGCACGUCUACUUCAACACAGUUACCACGGUAUCAGAUGAGAGGUUGCUGGCCCAGCUGGUGUUGGUGCUGUUGGAGAGAAGCAGUCUGUUGCUCAACAUCCCCAAAUACACUGCAGAGAUACACAGAGUUUUUAGCCACCACUUGUUGAAGCUGUGUAAGCUCCACCCCUCUCUGGUUGUGGACCAAUCACGGGAGCUGCUGGAGUUUGCUGGAACCACCACUAACAUCCACAGCAAAGAAGACCUGUACACACAUGUGGUGUGGGUGCUAGGUGAGUACCUGUCGGUGUCAUUUGACUCUCGGUGUUCCGUGGAUCUGGUUACUUCCUGUUUCGAGGCAUUGGAGGCAGUCCUCUUCGAGAUCACUUCCUCUGGAAGCCCCUCCCCCAGGGUGGUUACCUCCUUACUGAGCGCGCUCGCUAAACUGGCUUCCCGUUCCCACGACCUCAUACCCAGGGUUUCUCUGUUCCUCUCUAAGCUUCGUAGCGGAGCAGUCUCCUGGUGUGGCAGUGAGGAGGAUGUUGUCGCCGUAGUGACCAGAGGGGAGGAGUUAUGGUCGCUGCUGAAACUUCCGAGCGUGGCGCUGAGUGUUCUAACCCCGCCUUCCCUCGCCACCUCCCCCCGCUGGCACCGAGACGCCAACGCAACGCUGCCACCUCGACUCAGAACACUGACUGGCCUCACACACACACGCUAAAAUAUAAUCACACAUAGACCUUAAAUCAUUUAUGUUCAGGAAAUGUACUGUAUGUUUUCAAUAUCUUGUUAUUAUACAGUGAGGGCCAAAAGUAUUGGGACAGUGACAUAUUUUUGUUGUUGUGCACAACAUAAUCUGAAACACAACCAAAACAAACAGGAAAUACAUCCAACACGUUUGUAAAGUUACAAGCUUGAUGUAGUUAUUGAGUGCUAAGAAUAUGGGACCAAAUACUAAACAUUUGACUGAUGUACUACACAAGUGAAUUUUUCCCAAUGCUUUUGGUCCCCUAAAAUGGGGGGGAAUAUGUACAAAAAUGCUGUAAUUUCUAAAUGUUUCACCUGAUAUGGACGGGAAUAGCCUCAAAUUAAAUCUGACAUUCUGCACUUUAACCUCAGUCAUUGUAUCAACGUGGUGGAGUACAGAGCCUAAACAACAACAACAACAACGUGUUCCAAUACUUUGAGCUCACUGUGUUUGUUUACUCACACAGACACAUGUUUUAUAGAUCUCUUUUAAUCAACAGUUUCUCUGAUAGAAGAUCAUAGAUAUAGGACUGACUGAGCCAUCUAGUUAUAGUUAGCUCAGUCAGUCCUGUCUAGUAUAUCUAUAAUGACAGACAUCUACAGUGCCUUCAGAAAGUAUACAUUUUGUGUUACAGCCUGAAUUUAAAUGUAAAGGUGUCAGUAUAAAGUUGCCACAGUAUUACUCCUUAAA